AUGAAUGUGAUAGAGGUUAUUACUAUCGUGACGGAAGAUACGAAAGGAGAGGAUCCCCAAUGAUGAGUUCUAUUAUCUCUCCGGUAACCGCCUGCUGAAAGCGCUAAAGGCAGGAGAAUUAUUGGGUGAAUUGCAUACUAUUUUUAUUUUUAAUUUUUAAAUCCACGUGAACUGGUGAAUUGCAUACUAGCAUAGACUGAAUUAUCGUAUAGGUUAUUUUUUCGAAUCACGUGGGUGGCUUAUCCAAAAGAGACUGCGGUAUUCCACCUGAAAUGUUCCGGAAAAAUUCUUGCCGAAGAAUAUGUCGAGUUCUGACAAAUCAUCAUCUCUAACCAACCUCAGGAUCUUUGCUUAUAAUGUCCUUAAAAGUCUCGAAGAUAAGGCCGUUGGAGAUAAUGAAUUUCCGGAACUAAGGAAAUGCACUGAAUGUGGUAACGAGAUUCUUUCGUUUCCUUUUAAGGCGUUAACUUUACUCGGUUGCGGGCAUGCGUUUCACAGGCUUUGUAUCGAGAAAAAGCUUUUACAUGCUGAAACGGGAGCUUAUCCAGGAGCUACAGUAUCUUCCGAUACUACUCCACUUUCUAAAAUCAAGGAAAAGAAAGGGCUCUAUAGGGAAUCCGCACGAGAAGUUGAAGGCGACCGAACUUUUUUUGAACUAUAUCUAAAAAUUUCCAAUGCUGAAGAGCGGAACGAAAACGCACGUCACGAACUGAUUAUUGCAUACUACCUCUUGGGAGAAGAGUUAGAGAAGCGCCUUGUUCGCUAUAGAAAACGGAUGAAGACCACGAGGCCACAAAGAAAGUCUACAAUGAAGUUAAAGAUCAGCUUCCCAAAGAGGUUUCCAAGAAUGCUAUCUGAAAGAAGUCGGAAGGUCGAGGAAGGUUUAUGAUCUUUUUUUUCGUAUUAGUGGUGAUAAAAUCCAACGGA